AACUCCUAUUCUCUGGAGUUGUUGUCAGAAUUCACUGAAGAGUACACCAAACGUUGAGGAGACUUACUGAGUGUCCAGAAUGUGCCGGUUACUAUUAUUAAACAGUUUUUCUUUCUACCUACUAGAAAAUCACAGAAAUAGCGCAACUCAGAAUAUACUUACUUGGGGAAAUUCCUGUGUCAUCAACUUAAAGAAUAUGAACAUUUUCUGAUCCAAAAUUGGGACACUAGCUUGACAAGUGUAAAUGUAACUUGCGGCGCUGGGACAUAAUAUUUCAAAGGAGGACUCUUUUAGCAAUCCCGCGAGCAAACAAAUCAAUAAGACCUCUAUGUAACUACAUUUUAAAAUCUCUGUUUUUAAAAAAAUUUUAAGUGCAAGUGCAAAAAUGACUCUUAUUGACUGUGAAGUGAGGACUGCACCUUUUAUUUAUAUUGCACAAACAAAAGCAUCUGGGCUUCAUGCAUCAUUUUCUGAUCAUUUUCUGAUUUAGUUGGAGAAUUAUUACUUGAUAACAAGAAGGGCUGAGCUUCCUUUUUCAAAAUCUCAUGCCAUUUAUCUUAAUUCUGGUGCAUCUGAUAAGAACUUCCUCUAGAGCCAGGAAACUUUGCAAGUAUGAAAUAAUAUGAAAGGAGGACGUAAAGAAGGAAGUAACUGACCAAAGCAAAAAAGGGGAACAUCAAAGCAGGUUUAACCAAAAGAACAGAAGGGAGCUUGGCACAGCAGUCUCAAGGUGUCUGGAUGGCAGAUCGUUCAACCUUCUCUUUCUUGAGUUGUCUACUCUGCCAUUAUCUUCCACUCAUUUCUGCUUCAUUUUGUGAUUCAUUUAUAGAAAGGGAAGUGGAGUCAAGUAAAAUCCCCCCCGACAUCGUGCAGGUAUACAUUAAUGAUUGUACUGUAAAAAACCUCACAUACAACAAGAACGAUCUUCAAAGACUCCGUUUACUCAACCUCUCCUCUAAUUGUAUCAGGACUUUGCCAAAUGAUGUUCUUUCACAUCUGAAAAAGAAAUGCCUGAAAGAGCUUCCAAGAUUGCUUCUUAACUCUACCCUACAAGGAAUUACGCUGGUCUGCACCUGUGAAUUCAUUAAGGGCCACACCACACUACUAAACACUGCUUGUGCAGAAAUGUUGAAAAGCUGUGGAAAUACUUCAGUGGCCGUUUCUAUAGGACUUUCCCUUCUUUUACUGUUGUUGAUCUGUGGAAUUGGGUGUGUUUGGCACUGGAAACACCAUAACCCAGUGCAAUUUACCUUACCAAGGUUUUUGCAGAGGAGAAGCAGCAGGAGAAAAGACUAUGCUAAAACGCUCUCAGAUCCCCUCACUAUCAACUCAAGGCAUAAAAUCUCAGUUCAGACCCAAGACUAUACAUCUUCUGGAAGAGGGGUUAACAUGCAUGACAACUAUGAAAAUGUGGAAGUCGGUCCUCCCAGAGCUAAAGAAGAAACUGAUAAAGAACUAUAUGAGAACACUCGGCCCACCAAUUUUGAGGAGCAUAUCUAUGGAAAUGAGACAUCAUCUCAAUAUUACAACUUCCAGAAGCCUAGCACUUCUGAAGUCUCUCAAGAUGAAGACAUAUAUAUUCUUCCAGAUUCAUAACUUUUCAAAACACUGGGUUCAGUUAUUAGAGGAUAAAUAUUCACUGGGACUUUUAUUGUACUUAU